CUGCCCCCCUCGCAGGCCCAGCGCAGGCCCAGGGCUCAGUAUGUGGCGGCUGCCCCGAGCGAUCUGUGUGCACGCCGCAAAGACCAGCCAGCUCCCGGGACCUUGGAACAGGCCUGCCGCCUUCAUGUCCACUCUGCUGAUCAAUCAGCCCCAGUACGCUUGGCUGAAAGAGCUGGGGCUCCGCGAGGAAAACGAGGGCGUGUAUAAUGGAAGCUGGGGCGGCCGGGGAGAGGUUAUUACGACCUAUUGUCCUGCUAACAAUGAACCAAUAGCGAGAGUUCGACAGGCCAGUAUGGUGGACUAUGAAGAGACCGUAAAGAAAGCAAGAGAAGCCUGGAAAGUCUGGGCCGAUAUUCCUGCUCCAAAGCGAGGAGAAAUAGUAAGACAAAUUGGCGAUGCCUUGCGGGAGAAGAUUCAAGUCCUAGGAAACCUGGUGUCUUUGGAGAUGGGGAAAAUCUUAGUGGAAGGUGUGGGCGAAGUUCAAGAGUACGUGGAUAUCUGUGAUUACGCAGUUGGCUUGUCGCGGAUGAUUGGGGGACCCAUCCUGCCUUCAGAGAGACCUGGCCAUGCGCUCAUUGAACAGUGGAACCCUGUGGGCCUGGUUGGGAUCAUCACUGCGUUCAAUUUCCCCGUGGCAGUGUACGGUUGGAACAACGCCAUUGCGAUGAUCUGUGGGAACGUGUGUCUUUGGAAAGGAGCUCCAACAACUUCCCUCAUCAGCGUGGCUGUCACAAAGAUAAUAGCCAAGGUUCUGGAGGACAACAAACUGCCCGGGGCCAUUUGUUCCUUGACUUGCGGUGGAGCGGAUAUCGGCACAGCAAUGGCCAAAGAUAAGCGAGUGAACCUGCUGUCCUUCACUGGGAGCACUCAGGUGGGAAAACAGGUGGCCCUUUUGGUGCAGGAGAGGUUUGGGAGAAGUUUGUUAGAACUUGGAGGAAACAAUGCCAUUAUUGUCUUUGAGGACGCCGACCUCAGCUUAGUUGUCCCGUCAGCUCUCUUCGCUGCUGUGGGGACAGCCGGCCAGAGGUGUACCACUGCCCGACGGCUGUUUUUACAUGAAAACAUCCAUGAUGAAGUUGUAAACAGACUUAAAAAGGCCUAUGCACAGAUCCGUGUUGGGAACCCGUGGGACUCCGACGUUCUCUACGGGCCCCUGCACACCAAGCAGGCGGUGAGCAUGUUUCUGGGAGCUGUGGAAGCAGCAAGGAAGGAAGGCGGCACCGUGGUGUGCGGCGGCCAGGUUAUGGACCGUCCUGGAAACUAUGUCGAGCCAACGAUUGUGACAGGUCUUGCCCACAAUGCGUCCAUUGCACACACAGAGACUUUCGCUCCAAUUCUCUACGUUUUCAAAUUCAAGGAGGAAGAAGAGGUCUUUGCGUGGAAUAAUGAAGUGCAGCAGGGACUUUCGAGUAGCAUCUUCACCAAAGAUUUGGGUAGAAUCUUCCGCUGGCUUGGACCUAAAGGAUCAGACUGUGGUAUUGUGAAUGUCAAUAUUCCCACGAGUGGGGCUGAGAUUGGAGGUGCAUUUGGAGGAGAAAAGCACACGGGUGGUGGCAGGGAGUCUGGCAGUGACGCCUGGAAACAGUACAUGAGACGAUCCACUUGUACCAUCAACUACAGUAAGGACCUUCCUCUGGCUCAAGGCAUCAAGUUUCAGUAGAGGUGUUUUACAGGGACAUUACUUCAAAGUUGCUUAGGCAUUCCUUUUGCUUCUGAAGAAGGCUCAGAAAACUGAGAUUCGUCCUCAAUAAAGGCAUCCUUUUGAAUAAUGACAGUGGCUAAUCCCUUAAGACCUCAGAGGCCUAAAUCAAGGGACACAUUUUUACAACAUCAAAAUAAAAUUGUUAUAACGGAGCCAUA